AUGGGAGUUGAAUAUAUGUUAGCGGCUAUAACUAAGAGAGCUCAAAUUCCUUUUCCUUCUUGGCUUCCUGCGGCUAUAGCUACUUCUACUCCUGUUUCUGCUUUAGUUCAUUCUUCUACUUUGGUAACUGCAGAUGUUUAUUUAUUAAUUCGCUUUAAUAUUCUCCUUCAAGAGACUUGAGCGGAUCUGUUUCUUUUACUCGUUUGGAUGUUUAUAGCUGGGUUGGGGGUUAAUUUUGAAUUUGAUUUGAAAAAAACUAUUGCCUUAUCUACUCUGAGUCAGUUGGGCUUAAUAAUAAGUAUUCUAUCAAUAGAUUUUUAUGAUUUAGCUUUUUUUCAUCUUUUAACCCAUGCUAUAUUUAAGGCUCUACUGUUUAUGUGUGCGGGUGCAAUUAUUCAUAAUAUAAAUAAUUUUCAGGACAUUCGUUAUAUGGGGGGGGUAGCGUAUUACAUACCUUUUACAUCUUCUUGUUUUAAUGUUGCUAAUUUAGCAUUAUGCGGCAUGCCUUUAGCUGGAUUUUACUCAAAGGAUUUAAUUUUAGAAGUUGUGUCUUUAUCUUAUAUUAACUGUUUUAAAUUUUUUUAAUAUUUUUUUUCUACAGGAUUAACAGUUUGUUAUUCUUUGCGGUUAGCCUAUUAUUUUAUAACGGGAGAACCUCAUAGAAGUUCUUUGAAUAUGCUUAAUGAUGAGGGGUGA